AUGAUACGGUUCUAUGAGCGUGAUGAGGUAAUGUGUCUGUCAUCCGAGAACAAUGGAACUUUGGAUCGGUUCUAUGAGCCAAAAGCCUUAACCUAAGAAGAUGUCGGCGUGUGUGUAAUGGCAACACAUCAAUCCUGCUUGACAUGAUAUCCCGAGAGCCAAGUCGCCGUCACUCCCUCGGGUGUCUUCCACUCCAAUCCUCAGGUGAGUCCCCUCCUGCUCGAAAGGCAGACGAACGCGGCAUGUCUCGAGUCCAGGUAACAUCUUGUCUCCGGCUUCUGCCUCUGAUGGUUUGGUAAGCUUGUAACGUUGGGCCACGCUCGGUGAAUCUGCUCCUGUCACCGCUACCGUGUGUCUUCCCGUCUUCUUCCUGUGCGUAUAUAUAGAGAGAGAGAGAUACUUGGAUCCUUGCAACCCUAGGUAACAAGGAAUCUAGAGAGAGAGAGAGAGAGAGAGAGAGAGAGAGGAGAGAUGGGACGAGGGCGCGCACCAUGCUGUGAGAAGAUUGGGCUGAACAAAGGCACAUGGACGGAAGAAGAGGACAUGAAGCUGAUAGCUUACAUCCACAAGUACGGGCACCAGAACUGGCGUGCGCUCCCCAAGCUUGCUGGUCUCUCUCGCCUCCGCUAUAUCAGAUUGCUUCCUUUCUUGACUGUAGUUAACGUGACCAUUUCACUGACUCCCGAAGGUCUGCUGCGAUGCGGAAAGAGCUGCCGCUUGAGGUGGACUAACUACCUUCGCCCCGACAUCAAGCGAGGCAACUUCACCAAGGACGAAGAGGACACCAUCAUCAAGCUGCACGCUUUGCUAGGGAACAAGUGGUCCAAGAUCGCGUCCUUCCUUCCCGGGCGGACCGACAACGAGAUCAAGAACGUGUGGAACACGCACCUGAAGAAGCGUGCGGCGUCGGGAGAGCAGCAGCCGGUGACGAACGGCGCGUCCACGUCGACGGGCGAUCGAAUGGCCGGCGCGAUCGAGAUCCCUGUCGACCCGACCGUCGACAUGUUCGGCAUAUUAGACGAUGCUCUUUCCACGUCGAUGCAGAGCAACGAGAUGGAGGACAGCGUGUUCCUGGAAACGUUGGGCGUACGACAGGAUUCCCUUUGGACGUCGCCGCAGAAGCAAUCCCGCGGCUCGGUGGCAUCGGUGGGCACCGACGGUCCGUCGAUACCUGACGUGAGGCAGCCGGAGGCAUGUGAAGAAGCCGAUGGCACGAGAAGAGACGGGCAGAGGGAAGAGUGGUUGGAUUACUUGGAGAAGGAGCUCGGACUGAGGGACGAGGGGGAGGCAUGGGAUCGCUGGGAUGAGAUGGAGGGUGAUUUGGUGGCCACUUUUCUUCAGGAUGAUAUCUUCUCUCCAUACGAUUAGAUCUUCCGAUGCAUUUAUUGUAGCAGUCAUUCCAUCAUCCUUCGUCGGAGUCCAACGUUGUUGAUGCUUUAGCUACAGCUUCUUAGCACCAAAUUGUUGCAAUCACACACCUAUUGAUUCUUUCUCUCUCUCAGUAGCAUUUAAGCCUAA